AUGACAGAGAUUCUCUUUAUAUUUUCAAUUCUUUCAGAAAGUAAGAACAAUUUGAAAACACUCAUCCAGAAAUACCCUAAGGAUAAGGAACCUAAAGAAAUCCCAUCAGAAUGGUCUGAGAAAAAUGUUCUCUCAAACACUGAGCAUGAUGAUACUAAAGGAAUUCCAUUAAGUUGGAACAAAGGUGUCAGGUUCUGGAGUCUUGAGUGGAAAAAUUCUCAGGAAGAUAAUUACAAGACAGAAACUCAAUGGGAGAAAACUACAGGAAAAGAACAGAGUAAAUCUAUUUCCUGGGAAUGGGACCCCAGAAAAAACACUGACAUUACUAUCCAUCAGACACUACCCAAAAGAGACAAAUCCCAUAAAUGUCUUGAAUGUCAGAAGAGCUUCAAUAACAGCUCUCAUCUUCGAAUUCAUCAAAGGACUCAUACAGGAGAAAAGCCUUAUAAAUGUUCAGAGUGUGAGAAAUGCUUUGGUAACAGCUCUCAUUUGAUUCAGCAUCAGAGAACUCACACAGGAGAGAAGCCCUAUCAAUGUAAUGAGUGUGGGAAAAGCUUUAGCAAUACUUCACACCUUAUUAUCCAUGAGAGAACACACACAGGAGAAAAGCCCUACAAGUGUCCGGAAUGUGGGAAGAGUUUUAGUAGCAGCUCUCAUCUCAUUCAGCAUCACAGAUCUCAUACAGGAGAGAAACCUUAUGAAUGUCCUGUAUGUGGGAAAUGCUUCAGUCACAGCUAUGUUUUAAUUGAGCAUCAAAGGACCCAUACAGGAGAAAAACCCUAUAAAUGUCUUGAUUGUGGGAAAAAAUUUAGUCAGAGUUCUAGUCUUAUUCGCCAUCAGCGCAUUCAUACUGGUGAGAAACCCUACAAAUGUCUUGAAUGUGGGAAAAGCUUUGGUUGCAACUCUAUCCUCAUAAAGCAUCAAAGAAUUCACACAGGAGAAAAACCAUAUAAAUGUCCAGAAUGUGGGAAAAACUUUAGCCGUAGCUCAAAUCUUAUCACACACCGAAAAACCCACUUGGGAGAGAAAUCCUAUGAGAGUCUUGAAUUUGGAGUAAAUUUGAAUCACAGUUGUAACUCAGUAGAACAUAAAAGAAUUCAGCUACGAGAGAAACCAUAUAAAUGUUGUGAGUGUGGGAAAAGUUUCAACCUUAGUUCCCACCUUAUUAGACACCAGAGAACACAUACAGGAGAAAAACCCUAUAGAUGUCCUGAGUGUUGGAAAACUUUCAGUCAAAGCUCCACACUGGUGAUCCACCAGAGAACUCAUACAGGAGAGAAACCAUAUAAAUGUCCUGACUGUGGGGAAAGUUUCAGUCAAAGUUUUAACCUUAUCAGACACCGAAGGACCCAUGUAGGAGAAAAACCUUAUAAAUGUACUGACUGCGAGAAAUCUUUCAGUCGAAGUGCCUAUCUCAGCCAGCAUCAAAAAACACACAUAAGAGAAAAGCUCUCUACAUUCUCUGAAGUUGAGGAAAAUUUUACUCAUUAA